AGCAACAAAGAAAAAAAAAGCGCUUGGUGAGAGGAAGGUUCCGCUUCUUCCUCGGUGCCCGGUUUGCUGGGAUGGAGUGGAAACUUUGGAGCAUUUAUUCCUCUAUUGCCCGGUGGCUCGGGCUUUGUGGGAUUAUUCUGGGUUGGAAUACCUGGGUGAGGGGCUCCCAAGGCAGACAUUUUCUCUAUUUCUUAAGCGGCUCCUUUCCCUGAUUCACCAGCCUUCGCUGUUCAUGGCGGUGAUUGUUGUCCUCUGGCGGAUAUGGAAGUCUCGGAAUUGGGUGGUGUUUGAGGGGAAACAGUUUGGGUUUGAGUCCCUGAUGCGACAGUUUCAUCAACAAUGUGAUGAAUGGGAACGGGCCCAGGCUAUUCCUUCCCCUCCCUUGGCUGUGACCGUCCCGCAGCAUCUACCGGUCCCCCAGGAAGGUUCAGGGGUGGUGUGUAGGUGGGAUGGGGCGACUAGAACUGUAUCACAUGCAGCGGGGGGAAUGGUUGUGCUUUGCUCAGGGGAUGGGGUCCUCUUGGCCAAAGGAAUUCAGUUUCUGAGUAUCGAGGAUCCGGUAGUUGCUGAGGUCCUGGCGCUUCGGGAGGCGGUGCGGUGGUGUAUAGCUCGAGGGUUUGGAGAGGUUUGCUUUGAGGGGGACGCGAAGGUGAUUAUCGAUAAAGUUCGCAGAAGAGAGGCAGAGGAUAGUAGGAUGGGGGCUGUUCUUAGUGAGGUGGUGCAAUUAUUUGUCGCUCAUCCUGGGUUGAGUAUUCGAUUUGUAGGUCGGCGUAGUAAUAGGGUAGCCCACUUGGUGGCUAGAAAGGCCAUUUCAUUGUACCCGACUGCUUGUAGUGUUUUUGAUUUCCAGGCCUGCCUGCUUUCUAGGAUGUAACUAUCUUCUUUGAUUGAUUAAUAUAUAUCUUUUGUAAAAAAAAAAGAAAAAAAAGGAAACACGGUUGGAGUAAACAAAGAACAAAGGUCUCCACUUGAGACAAUUGGUAGUAAUUAAGCUGUUUCGGGGGAAAAAAAGCCAAAAAAAAACAGACGAUUAGCGAAUUCAUUAAAAAAAGUUGUAUUGUAUUUGUCAAUAAUCACAUUUUUUUAAUCAUGGUUAAAUAAAAUGUGAAGGCAGGACAAGAACGAAGAAAGAAAGCAAAGCUGACUAUGGGAGUGGGGUUCACGUGGAGGAUUUUCUUCUUUAAAUUUCUCAACAAUUUAAUAAGUUUUUUUUUUCUUCUUUCUUUUCCCUGUUUUUUUUUAAUCUUUGUUGACCAGCUUUGCUUUCUGAUCACCGGUUGUUGCCGGUGAACGCUUCCCACAACCGUCCGAUCUCCCAUGACUAAUCGUACGGCUACCAGUGCAGCACUGAGGUUUGACUACGACUUUCCCCCUCUGGUCGAGAACCUCGAAGUGGAGCGACUGUUUAAGUGUUUGUUUGCCCGACACGUGACUCCAAGUUUCAUAUCGAGCCAAGGAGCUUGCUGUCUCGUCUUGCUCCAUUCUUUUUUUUACAAGGGUGAUAUAGGUUUUUUUUAUUGUGAUUAAGGUAUUACUUAAUAGAUUCGAACCUGGGACUGUAGGCUAGUGGUAUUACAACUAGAUCAAGCCCUUGUUCGUUUGUCUUGCUCCAUUCUUAACCUCUAUCAUCUCAAUUCUAUUGAAUACCUAUUUGUAUUUCUCUUAUUGUGAUUUUUUUUAAUAAUAUUUUAACACAAUAAGACUUUAAGUAGGUGCAAAAUAAGAUAUUUUAAUUAUUUAGACUCAAUUAUAUAUUCAUUCUAUAAUCACAAUUUAUCAUUCAUGAAGUGCAUUUCCUUUGUUUUAUCGUAAUUUUUUUAUUUUCUUCAAAUAACAUAUAUGAUAAUAAUUAGCUUCGUCCUGUAUUGACGUGAGUACUAUCCGACCUAAUUCGCGCUCAACCCAAGACGGGUAUGUAAAUAUCGAGAUACCCGCCUCGUCUCACCCAUUUGUCAUCCCUAGCAAGUAGGGAUAGCAACUUGCCCAUACCCAUGAAUUUAUUACUAUCCAACCCAAUUGGGUUGGGUAUGAAAUCCAAAUAGAUGGAUAUAGGUAGAGUUUGAUAGGUUUGUACCCAUACCCAUUUACUUUGGGUUGAGUUGGGUUUAUAUCAAAUGGAUUUGGGUUUGUACCCAUGCCCAAAUACAAAUUACAGUUUGGUACCCAAACUUAAUAGAUAUGCAUAUUUAGUACCUAAAUUAAAUUUUUUUUGCAUAUAAGUCCUCAAAAUAUCAAUGGAAAAUUACGUUUUGGUACCUAAAUUUUUUAAUUUUUACAAAUAGGUCCAAUUUUUGCAUGUGUAGUUAAAACACCAUCAAGUAAAUGGAUAUCCAUAUCCAACCCAUACCCAUUUAGAUUAUGGAAGCAAUAUUCAUACUUUACCCAAACCCAUCUAUAAACCCCCAAAUCCAUUUGCACUUCACCCAUACCCAACCCAUUAUCAAUGGGUCGGUCUACUUAGGUUUGGGUAUAAUUACCCAUGGGUGGAUAAUUUGCCAUCCCUACUAGCAAGGAUCUAUCAUGUACGUCAUCCUUUAUAUAAUAAUAAUCAAUGUUUCUUGUAUCU